AUGCGAGUCUGGCUCGGCACGUACGAGACCCCUGAAGCCGCCGCCUACGCUUACGAUCGCGCCACCUACAAGCUCAGAGUUGGAGAGGAAGAAAAACGGGAGGGAGGAAGGCGGCGCGGGAUGGAGGCGGAUUGA